GGAACUUUAAAUACAGGUAAAUAUCAAUAAAAUUAUAAAAAAAAAGGACAUUCCCAAGUCGGAAAGAACUUUUUAUUCUGUUUUUACCUGUCAAGUGUGUCUUUCUCAUUUAUAUCACAUUCAAUUCUGGAUCGUAGUGAAGUAUCAUAUACACACGCCAGCGCACGGAAUAGUCUUGGGUUCACAAAGAAAACCGUAAUGGUUUCCGAGCUCUGUACUACACCCCCUCUAAAAUGGCGUGCGGCGCUGACUGUAAAAAUGGGGAGGAGUCCUCUUUGCGCAAAAAGGUCACGAUCACCGAGACAGCGACGCCCCACAACAUACAAUUUAUUUGUAAGGCAUCAUUUCCAAGAUACAGAGAUUUCCCAUGAAUCUCCCCAACAACGUUUUAAAUUGAUUGCAUUUAUGUGGAAGGAGCUAAGAGAGCAUAGUCACGACUAUUUGGAUGAUGAUAAUCAUUACGAGGAGUUUGAAUUUAUCCCCUAUCAUAAACCGAGGAAGUUUGGAAUUUUAAAAUUCAUCUGUCCCUGCUUUAGAUAAUCAAUAUCUUUAAGGGAAGGAUUACAAUCUCAAAAUUGUUUAUUUGCUUGCUAAUUGAUUCAUUCAAACGUUAAGGAUUGUCCUUAGAUGUAAAAGUGCAUCUAUUCAUCUUAUGAAUGAGAUAUGUUUCAUAACCACUUCUGACAUUUACUCAGUAUCAUAGUUUCAUUUGAAUAUUAUUAAUUUUUUUUGAGUGUGAAAAUGGAUUAUUAUCUUUCCGUUUCAUAUUCAUUGCUAUCUUCAUUCUCAUUUUUUUUAAAGUAUUUUACAUAUAUAUAUUUUCAUUAUACCGUUUGAUGCAGGGGAAAAUGAAGAUACUGUUUUGCGAAUAUUUGAGUUAUGCAGUUUCUUAUUUUCUUUCUCAUUGCAUCUGCGGAAUUAUGUACUACAUCAUAAA